AUGCUCCGUGUGUAUGUUGCCCGGUCGUAUUUUCGGAUUGAAUACCAAUGAGCCCUGUUCUUCGCAUCAGAAGACCGUGCGACUGCAUCCUCCGGUGUAGCAUGGAAAAGACGUACCUUCAUUAUCUCCAACGUCAUCUGCCUUGAUGCUUCAAUUAAGAUGUACUCUUCCAUCUUCGAAGCUACGUUUUACCAUAUGUCUCAUACGACCGUGACACUUGAAACGGCAUCUUCGGGAAUUCCCAAGGAGACCCCCUCCAAUCUCGAUGCUCUCCUGCUCGAAGACACCAUCGCUACCACUGAGCUUGUUAUGCCCAGUAACUCAUUGACGGACGGGCUCACUAUCCGUCAGCGGAAAGGAAGUCUAGACUCUAGAGCCACUUCACGCUGGGUGGAUGCCCUAUAUUCGUUGCCGAACAGGUUUUGUCGCACUGUUCGGGGGAUAAUCGUUGCAUUAGAAUUUGUCAGAGAAUGCUGGCUUAGGCAUCGAAACCAACGUCCUAUGUUGUCGGAUAGUGGGGGAUGCUCGGCAUUCCUGACGCGUAGCCUGAAACCACCUGUUUGCGCUGAAAAAUCUGACUCGACCGUCGCUUCCGGGACCCAAAUGACGUCACUAAUCCAAUGCAGAUGAGUCCACCUUUCUUGACGCGUCUUCUACCGAACGACUACGCAAGCUACUCCGUCGGUCUCGAGUAGUAUAAAGGGUAGAAACUCAGGAUAUCAUCUUCAAUCACUAUUCAACAUUUACUCUCUAACUUCAAAUGUCUACUUCUCGCGAAACGGCCUCAUCCACCUGUGGCAGCUCCUCGUCGUCGCGGUCCUCCACCCAUUUACAUAAAGGCAGCGCAUGCUUGAACUGCAGGCGUCGCAAAAUAGUGAAAUAAUACUGUGCUCUCAUCUUGUC